AUGAUAUCUUAUGACGAGACAAAAGUUGAAAUAGUACCGAUAAGUGGAGAAAAGAUUGAAGGAAAAGAAGAAACUGUUGUAUUCGUUGAACAGUACGUGAAAGAUGUGUGUGAUUUUAGUUCCCAGUAUGGAAGUAAUAUCAGUAUUUCUUACACAGCUUAUAAUAUUGCUGGUAAUCCCAGUAAAUUUCCAGAUUAUGGAGACUUUCCACAAGCUUUUGUUAUGAGAACAUAUGGACCAUGGUGGAACAAAGCACCUUCAAGACUGAUAGAUUACAUGUCACAAAAUAAUGGAGGUGUAGUAAGCCAGGAUUAUAUAGAUUUAGAAUAUUAUCAAGAGGUAUAUCCAAUUAGAGUUUCAAUAUAUGAAACUUAUAAUCCUGGAAGUGUAGUUGGAAUUUGGGCACGAAAUUCUGAGGGAAAGUGGUGUCAGUUAUGGAGUGGUGUUCCUCAAAUUGUUCCACAUAGGCCACGUAUAUUUUCCCCACGUUUGCAGCUAUGUAACUUUAAAACAAAAAUGAUAAGACUGGAAUUUAAUCAUGACUUAUUAGAUUAUUAUACAGAAUUGGAUGCUGUAUUACUUAUUGGAACAUCAGAACUAAUAGUUCCUAACAAUAAUUUGCAUAAUCAAAAUUUAAAUGACCUUCUGCAACAGUUGGGUUACUUGGAACAUAGUAGCGAUGAUACUUACAACCUAACACCACAUUACUUAAAGGCUAAUCAAGACUUAGCAGUUCUGAAAAAGACACUCUCUAAGCACUGUAAACUUUUUAAAAGCAUGAUAGUAGAUAAUAUCUCCAAAGGUAAAUUAGUAUCUAAAAUAGGUCAACAUUAUCAGUCUGUGCCACCUCUAGAAGAAGCAUUCAAUAGUUUACAACAGUUUUUACAAGAAGACUUCCCCAAACUAAUCAGAGAUAUUCAACAUUCAAAAUCGAAUGCAUUGUUUGAACAAGAUAACUCUCCUGAUGAUAGGUUUCUAGUACCAUUAACAGAUUCUGAAUAUCAACCUUGUGGCAGUUUCUCAGCACUUCCAGAUGAAACAGUACUAAAAAUUUUAAAAAACUUGGACCUAAAAUCAUUGUGUCGUCUAUGCAGAGUGAAUAGACAGUUUAAUAAUAUCGCAAGAGAUGCUUUGCUAUAUACAAGUCUCAAUUUAAAACCUUACUGGCAUUGUUUGGACACAGUGGCGUUACAUACUCUAAUGCCUAGGUGUAAAUAUUUACAACAAUUAGACCUGUCGUGGUGUGGAAAUUAUGAUAUGAUCAAAUAUGAAGAUUUUAUACAAUUUAUUCAGACAUCUGGAACUCUUUUGACGCAUUUACGAUUAAAUUGUUGUCAGUUUGUCAAUGAUGCAGUUAUCCUUGAAGUUACAAAAGUUUGUAAGAAUUUGAGAGAAUUAUGUUUACGCAACUGUAUGGGAGUAACGAACGAAGGAUUUUCGAAGCUUGAAAACUUGGAAUUGUUCGAGCGUUUAGAGCUUUACAGAACAAAUAUUGAAACGUCUACCUUAUGUUGCAUAUUACGAAAGAACAUUCAAAUGCGGCAUUUGAAUUUAGCAGGAAUGCACGAUCGUUUAAAUAUCGAUGAAGUUGCAGUUGAACUAGGAAAUUCUUGUCCAUACUUAGAAAGUGUAGAUUUUUGGAAAGCACAAACAUUAACUCCACAUGGAGUCAGAGCAUUAUCUCACUGUACUAAUCUGCGAGAAGUUGACUUUGGAUGGUGUGGUGGAAUGGGUGCACCUGGUGAUUCCUUACGAGCACUACUAUCUUCAUGUCGAUACCUGGAGAAAGUAUUUUUAGCAGCCCUUAGAGGAUUAACGGAUCGUGACUUAGAACCACUUUUACUGUGUCAACGAUUACAACAGUUGGACUUAUUAGGAGCCCGUUCUCUUACUCCCGAUAUAUGUUAUGGGCUUCUAUUGUUUUGUCCAAAGUUAGAAAUGAUUGAUCUUAGUUUCUGCGAAGGUAUCAGUGAUUUUAUAGUACAAGAGUGGCGUCAGUUGUAUCCAUAUGUCUCUAUUAAAAGAAGUUUUCAAGUUAUUAGCUCAGAUAUGCUAUAAGAAACAUUCCAGAAUAUUUAUUCUACCCAAUUUUAUUAUAACUAACGAAAUUAAUGUUCUCUAACUGCCA